AUGUCACGGGACUUUACAGAUGAAGAAUCAAAGAUGAUAUUUGCAUUGUCAGAUAUCUUUUCGGAUUUCGAUAUAACUGAUGUUGCCAAUUGCCUUGUCAAGCACAAGUUCAAUGGUGAGGCCGCUGCCGAUGACUUGUCCAUUCAACAGAGUAAACUGGCACAGGCACAGGCGCAACCACCAUCACCUUCACACUCACAGGUUCAAGCAGGCUUAGCACCGCAACAACAACAACAACAACAACCAUCGCCACCACAAUCAUUACAAGCCAAGCCAGCUGCUGCACCACAACCAUCCGCACCACAAGUACAUAAUAUCUACCAACCACCACAGCAACUUCAACAACAACAACAACAGCAACAACAAAGACCAAUGUCACCACAACAACCAUUAGUACAACAACAACAACAACAACAACAACAACCACAGCAACAACAGCCACAACAACCACCACAAAAUUUUUAUUAUCCACAACUUCCACAGUCACAAUCGCCAGUACAACAACAACCAUCUACUUCAUCACAUAUCCAUCAACAUCAACCACCAGUAUCGCAACCAAGCAAUGCAUCACAGAUUCAUCCACACGCUCAAGUUCCACCACAUCCUCAAGCCCAUCCACAAAAUCAAUACACCCUUUCCCAACCACAACUCUUCAAUGGAAUCUAUACAAAUGUACCACAACCAUAUAAUCCAGUACCAAUCGUAGCACAUUUCCCAAUGGACCAAUAUGUACCUUUGAAAGAUCACAAAUUGGCAUUGAACCAAAUUACUGCACUAAACGAAAAGAUUGCAGAGAUGGAGAAGACUAUCAGGGAGAGAGACCAACAAUUGAAGGAUAAAGAGCAUUCUUUGAAGGAAAAGAAUGACCAACUUACACGGAUGGAGGAGAGAACAGUUCAGAUAAUGUUAAAGAAUGAAGAAACAACCGCAACAAUCAAAUCUAGUUUAUUAGAGAAUUUUUCAAAAUUCUUAGACCAAUCAUUCACAGUCAAUAACCAACCACAAUAA